AGGGGCUGUGCGCCAGGCUGUGCAGUCGUUCAGUGAUUGUAUCGAUGCUGCUGCUGCUGACUGGGAGUUGUACCGCCAUGUUACUGUCAGGCCUGUUCCGUUCUGCCGUCUCACAUUCGGUGAGACAGAUUCGUCAUGUACAAAGGACAGCUCAAUGUGCAGGAGGAGGUGGUGCAGCCUCAUUUGUGCAUAGGGAUACUCCUGAUAACAAUCCAGACACACCAUUUGAUUUCACACCAGAAAAUUAUAAGCGGGUCGAUGUUAUUCUCAGUAGUUACCCAGAAGGGCACAAAUCAGCUGCUGUAAUCCCAGUGCUAGAUCUGGCUCAGAGACAACAUGGUUGGCUACCUAUCUCUGCCAUGAACAAGGUUGCCGAGCUUCUGAAUAUGCCUUGUAUGAGGGUAUAUGAAGUAGCAACUUUUUACACAAUGUUUAACCGCAAGCCAAUGGGAAAGUACCAUAUUCAGAUCUGCACGACCACACCAUGUAUGCUUCGUGACUCUGAUAGUAUUGUAGAAUGCGUCACAAAAAAACUUGGUAUCUCUAUUGGGGAAACUACACCUGACAAGCUUUUCACUGUCACGGAGGUGGAAUGUCUGGGUGCCUGUGUGAAUGCACCAAUGGUGCAAAUUAAUGACAAUUAUUAUGAAGAUUUAACAGCAAAAGAUAUGGAAGAAAUAAUUGAUGAAUUAAAAGCUGGCAAAAUUCCCAAACCUGGACCAAGGAGCGGACGUUUUUCUUGUGAGCCUGCUAAAGGUUUAACUUCACUAUUAGAACCACCCAAGGGACCAGGUUUUGGAAUUCAACCAGGCCUUUAACCAGCGACAUUUAUCUACAAGAUCAGUCAGCCGUCAGCCUCUGAUGCUCCAGGGAAAUCAGCCUUAACUGUUCAGCCUCUCCCUAUUGCUCAAACCCUCUGAUGUCAGCAACAUCCUUGGAAAUCUUUUCUGUAUCACGACAUUUCCAAAGCAGCGAGACCAGAACUGAAUGGAGUUUUCUAAAAGCAGCCUAACCAAUAUCCAAUACAGCCACAACAAUACCUCCCAGCUCCUAUAUUCAGUGCACUGACCAAUGGAGACAAUUGUGCCAAACGCCUUCAUCACCACCCUGUCUACCCAUGACUCCACUUUCAAGGAAUUAUACACAAUUAGCAAAGAGCUUGGAGUGUAGAUGUAAGUCCUGCCCUGGUUUGCCUUACCAAAAUGCAACAUCUUACUUUUAUCUAAAUUUAACUCCAUCUGCCAUUCCUCAGCCCAUUUGAUUAAGAUCCUGUUGUACACGAGGUAACCUCCUUCACUGUCUGCUGCACCAUCAAUUUUAUUGACAUCUACAAACUUACUAACCACACCUCUGAUUUUCACAUCCAAAUCAUGAAGAAAUAAUGGACCUAGCACCAAUCCUUGUAGCACAUCACUGGUCUCAGACCUCCAGUCUGAAAAACAACCCUCAAUCACCACCCUCCACUUCUACUUUCAGGCCAAUUGUGUAUUUAAUUGGCUAGCUACCCCAGAUUCCAUACGAUUGAACUUUACGAACCAGUCUAUCAUGCGGAAUCUUGUCAAAGACCUUGCUUAAGUCCAUGUGGACGUCUCCCACUCUGCCUUCAGCAACCAUCUUUGUCACUUUGAAAAACUCAAGCAAGUUAGUGAGACUUAGCUUUGUGCAUGGGGAAACCCUAUGUUGAUUAUUCCUAAUCAGUCCUUGCCUUUUCAAAUGCAUAUAAAAACCAGUCCCUCAGAACCUCCUCCAACAACUUAGCGAGCACUGACAGACAUCAGGCUCACCAGUCUAUCAUUCCCUGACUUUUCUUUACCACAUUGCUUAAAUAAUAAUGCCACAUUUGUCAACCUCCAGACUUCCGGAACUUCACCAAUGGCCAACGAUACAAACAUCUCAGCAAGGAUCCUGGUGAUCCCUUUCAGGUCCCAAGGAUUUAUGCACCUUUAAGAUGCCCAGCACUUCCUCUUCUAGAGUAUGGACAUUUUUCAAGAUAUAUUCAAUUCCACAAGUUCCUUAGCUUUCAUGUCCUUCUCCACAGUAAAUCGUGACUUUGUUUUGGGUGGGGGUGUGGUAUUCUCUCCCUGGUUACUCUUAUUACACCUAAAGUAUUUGUAGAAUCUCUCCAAAUUCUCCUUAAUCCGAGUUGCUAAAGAUAGCUCGCAUCCCCCUGAUUUUUGCCAUCCUGAUUUCCCUCUUAAGUAUACUUCUACUACUUUUGUACUCCUCUCAGGAUUCAUUCAAUCCCAGCUAUCUAUACCUGACAUAUACCUCCUUUUUCCUGAGCAGAGUCUCAAUUUCUCUAGUCAUCCAGCAUUCCCAGACCUACCAGCCUUGUCCUUCACACUAACUGAAACAAUGUCUUUGAACUGGCAUUAUCUCACUUUUGAAGGCCUCUAAUUUUCUAACUGUCCUUGUAUCUCUCCCAAUCAACUUUCAAAGGUUCUUCCCUAGUGUUGUAAAAACCAGCCCUACUCCAAUUUAGAACGUUAACUUUUAAAUCAGCAGUAUCCUUUUCCAUAAUUAUUUGAAAACUGGAAGAAUUAUGAUCACUAGCCCCAAAGUGGUCCCCCAACAACACGUCAAUCAAUUGCUCUGCCUCAUUUCAAGAGAUGAUCAGGUUUAGCUCCUUCUGUUGUAGGUACAUCCACAUACUGAAUAAGAAAAUUUUCUUGUUCACACUUAAAUUCCUCUCCAUCCAACUUUUUACACUACAGCAGUCCUAGUCUACCUUUAGAAAGUUAAAAAUCCCCCACCAUUACAACCUCCUUACUCUUAUCGGAGGUAUCUUCUCAAAUUUUCCACUGACAUUGGGGCACCUAUGAUACAUUCCCAAUACGGUGAUUAUCCCUUUUUUCUUUCUCAACUCCACCCAUAUAACUUCACUGGACAUUCUGCCAAGGAAUAUCCUUAAUACAAUCGUAAUGUUAUCUUUAACCAAAAAUGCCACUCCCCUCCUCUCUUGCACCCCCCCCCCCCCCCACACCCCUUCUAUCCUUCCUGUACGCAUCUAUACCCAGGAACAUUAAGCUUCCAGUUCUGCCCCUCCAAGCCACAUUUCUUUCAUAACUAUGUUAUCCCAGUCCUGUGUCCCAAUGAUGCUGUGAAUUCAUUUACCUUACUGUCAGGCCUCUUGCAUUGAAAUAAAUGCAGUUUAAUUUGUCA